AUUCAUCGAAUUCAUUUGAUCAAGAAUCUGAUUUUAUUGUUGAUUUCGGAUUGAAACACCACGUGAGUGUUGUUACCAUAAAGAAAAGUUACCAUAUAUAAUUUACAUGAUGACUGAUUCAAAUCUGACUGAUAAAUUGCAAAAGUUUUGUUCAAACAUGGCCGAAUUAGAGCAGAUGGCUGUGAAUUUUUCAAAUUAUUAUUUCGAACAAAUGGAAGAACCCGAUAAUGAUGAUAAUGUGUGGAAUAAAUUGGAUGCCAACAUUACUUUUGUUUAUGCUAAUGCAUCCAUUUAUUGGCUUUAUCUGUUGCUGAAAGAAACCGAUCUAACAGAUGAACAUCCAAUCAAAGAAGAAAUUGGCCGUGUACGAAAAUAUAUGAACGAUUAUAUACAAAUCAAACGUGAUCGACCGACAUUGAAUGUAAGAAUCGCAAAGAAUCUAAUUCUAAAUGCUUUGUGGGAUCCUACCAGCAACAACAAUAAAACCAAUAACCAAGAUAAACGAAAACACGAUUGUGAUAACGGCCAUACAAAAGCGAAAAAAUCUAAAUCAUAGUUUAAUAACAAUUGUAAUUUUUUAUUGUUAAUAAAUAAUUGAAAUAAAAAACCAUGAA